CUCACCAACCCCCGGCAACUGCCUAAGGGGCGUGUCACUAAGCAAUUUUCAUCAAAAGUCAGAUUUUUCCCCCAAAGCCAAAGUGAGUGUUCUUCACCAUAUACACACACAAAAACUAACAGAGCCAACGCAUAGAUUUCCAUUUCCUCUUGUGCCAAAUCUGUAGCCGGGCAGGAAAAUGGCCACUAUGUCAGCCGCCGUCGCCCCCAAUUCCCUUCUCCUCAAAUCCACCAACCAAAUUGGCGCCUUCCCCACUACCCUCUCUCGCUCAUUUACCGAAGCCACCAUUGUCCACAAGCGCAUCACCUGCUCAUCCACCACCCUCCAAACUCCGGCAACCGCCACCACUUCCACAGAUCGCGUGUUUAACUUUGCUGCUGGUCCCGCCAUCCUUCCUGAGAACGUCUUACUCAAGGCCCAAUCGGAGCUCUACAACUGGCACGGAUCUGGCAUGUCUGUCAUGGAGAUGAGCCAUCGCGGUAAAGAAUUUCUCUCCAUCAUUCAGAAGGCCGAGUCAGAUCUCCGGACCUUGCUAAACAUUCCGGAGAAUUACUACGUUCUCUUCCUCCAAGGUGGCGCCACCACCCAAUUCGCCGCCGUCCCCCUCAAUCUCUGCAACCCUGAUGACCCCGUCGAUUACAUCGUCACGGGCUCGUGGGGAGACAAGGCCUUCAAAGAAGCCUCCAAGUACUGCAAGCCCAAGACCAUUUGGAGCGGAAAAUCAGAGAAAUACGUCAAUAUCCCCAGCUUUGGCGCCCUUGAGCAAACACCUGAAGCCAAAUAUUUGCACAUCUGCGGUAACGAAACCAUUCAUGGGGUCGAAUUCAAGGAUUAUCCAGUUCCGACUAAUGGAAAUUCGUUGCUUGUAGCUGAUAUGUCAUCCAAUUUUUGCUCUAAACCAGUGGACGUGAGUAAAUUUGGCUUGAUCUACGCUGGAGCACAGAAAAAUGUAGGUCCAUCUGGGGUUACAAUUGUGAUAAUAAGAUCAGAUUUGAUUGGAAAUGCACAGCCAGACACUCCUGUAAUGCUGGAUUACAAGAUUCACGCCGAGAAUAAUUCACUUUACAAUACGCCCCCUUGCUUCGGCAUUUAUAUGUGUGGGCUCGUGUUCGAAGAUCUCAUUGCUCAGGGUGGAUUGAGCGAGGUGGAGAAGAAGAAUGUGAAGAAGGCACAGAUUUUAUAUGACACCAUUAACGGGAGCAAAGGGUUCUUUAGGUGUCCAGUGGAAACGAGUGUGAGGUCAUUGAUGAAUGUGCCAUUUACUUUGGCAAAGCCAGAGUUGGAAGCCGAGUUUGUGAAGGAAGCAGCCAAGGAGAAGAUGGUGCAGUUGAAGGGGCAUAGGUCGGUUGGUGGCAUGAGAGCUUCAAUAUACAAUGCUAUGCCUUUGGCUGGGGUCGAGAAAUUGGUCGCAUUCAUGAAGGAUUUCCAGGCAAGGCACGAUAAAUAGGAAUUGAAUUGGACUGAAUAAUUCUAUCUUGAUGAGAUUACUGUAUGCUUGUUCGAUUUUGCUUGCUAUCUUGUUUGUUCCUCGUACUGUCCUUGUUACUAUUGUUUGUUUCAAGUUCUUGUUUAGGCUGUGGCUUGUUAGGCAUUUUUAUGAACGUCCACUAUGAAAGUGAAUGUUGUCACUAGCUGAAGUUUACCAAUGAAAUAAUAAUUAGAUGAGUUAUCAAGUUCAA